CCCCACGCUCUAUCUUUGCCCAAUUUCAACAUGUCGUCGCUCGACAAGAAAUUGGUGCAUAGUCGGAUUGCUCUGCCUAGGCGGCGACUAACCACACCCCUUGCCCGUAUCGCACUCCUUCUUCUUGCUCUGGUAUUUUCUGCUCUACUCUUCUUUGGUGAUUUCAGUAAUCCUGCCGACUCGACGACAUACGCGAUAUGCUCCCACGGAAGCAACAUCUACAUCGUCGAUACCCUUAACUCACGAACGUCUUGUAUACUUGUCGUUGAUUCUUUCAUAUCCGACACGGGAGAUCUUGAUGCUAUACAACGGAGAAGGACGUCGACUGUGCCUCUACGGGUCAGGUAUAUUCCUGAUGGAGCUAUGAUUGUGCCAGGAAUUAGCGAAUCUCAUGCCCACAUUAUGCACUAUGGUCUAUACCGUCAGAUACCUCUUGAAAUGGGAAGAAAUAUAUCCGAGACGGUUUCCUUUGUCGAAAAUUACAUCGUAUCAAACCCAGAUAUUUACAACAACAUGUCGAAGGUCAUUGAGGGCUGGGGAUGGGAUCACACUGCCUGGCCAGAGUCAAGGUUCCCGACCGCAGCUGAUCUCGAUGCCAGUAUAGUCAUUCGUGGACGUUCUGUGAUGUUGCGUAGCAAGGACGGGCACGGUACAUGGGUCUCUGGCCGCGUUCUCCAGGAUAUCCGUCCCCUCCCACAUACCAUAGAAGGCGGAGUGAUUGUUCGUGACAAGAAAGGGCAACCAGCCGGUGUGUUCCUCGACAAUGCUCAAGAAUUGUUGCCAGUUCCAAUUCUAACUGAGGAGGAUUAUGAGCGGCGCUUUUCGACUACCGUACGAAAUGCCUUGGCCAACGGGCUCACGUCCAUCCAUGAUGCUAAGCUGGACUUCCGGCAGCUAGACUUCUUCAAGAGAAAAGCUGCUGCCGGAAAGCUGCCGAUUCGUUUGUACGGAAUGACAAACUAUGACGAAGGCGAGGAAUACUGGGGUAACAUCACCAAACCACAGAUAUUGUCAGAUGACCGUAGGUUCAGUGCCCGCAGCGUGAAGAUCGUAGGGGAUGGUUCCAUGAGAACAGGUGGAGCAGCGUUAUAUGAACCCUACACUAACAAUCCGACCACAAACGGCUUUAUGCGUGUGUCUGAGGCAACAAUUAACAGGGUCAUCCCGCUCUUCCUCCGUGAUGGCUGGCAGGUCAACGUCCAUGCAAUCGGAGAUCGUGCCAACGGUAUCGUCCUAGAUGCCUUAGAGUCCGCUUUCGAGGAUGUGAAUGUUGCCGCAAGGCGGCCACGUCUUGAGCACGCUCAGAUCAUGGCGAAGGCUGAUAUCAAGCGUGCGGGGAAAAUCGGGGUCAUUGCCAGUGUACAGCCCACCCAUGUUAUUGAUGAUAUGUGGUAUGCGGAGGAACAUAUUGGUCCAGAGCGCAUCAAGGGACUAUACGCUUUCCGUAGUCUGCUAAAUAGCGGAGCCAGAAUUACUCUUGGAUCUGACUUUCCUGUUGAGACGAUGAAUCCCCUUGCCGGGUUCUACGCUGCAAUCACAAGAGUAUCGUUGGAUGGAAACUCACCCCACGGUCCAGGAGGAUGGUUCCCUGAGCAACGAUUAACGCGUCUUGAGGCAUUGCGCGGCAUGACCAUCGACCCAGCGUAUGCAUCAUUUACUGAAUCAGUUCUAGGCUCACUAGAGCCUGGAAAACGGGCAGACUUUGUCGUCCUUUCGCAAAACAUCAUGACGGUCCCAGUGUCCGAAAUCAUGAACACGAAGUUUCUUGCGACGGUGAUUGACGGUAUUGCUGUCCACGGUGAAAUUUAGAUAUGCUCAACAUUUA